CCUUCCAUUCACGAUUAUCACUUGCGUUCGCGCGUACCGAAGACUUUGUAGUUCCAGGGAAAAGAUUAAAGUAGCUUCCCCCACAGCAAAAAUGUUGCGAAUUAUCCUGGGAUUGACUCUGAUUGCGGCAGUGUCUGUGGGCGCCACGGAAGUCCGGGAGUGUAAAAACAAACCAUCUCCACUGGGCGUUAAAGUGGCAGACUGCGAUGAACCACCAUGCGUGGUAUACAAGGGGUCCUAUGCCGUGAUGGAAGUGCAUUUUCUAGGCAACAGAAACAACAUCAAGAGUAUCACCGCCACCACUACAGCCAAAGUUUUGGGCAUGAAUCUUCCAUAUGCGUUGCCCGAGGAAGUGUCCAAUGUCUGUAUAAAUCUCCUCUACGGCGCCAUGUGUCCCAUUGACAAGGAUGAAGAUGUCACCUAUCAGUUCAACUUCUAUGUGGACCCAUCUUUUCCCGAAAUCACGGCCGAUGUCACUGUUACUUUGAAUGAUGUCAAUGGAGAUGCUAUCACCUGCUUUGUGGUCAGUUGCAAAAUCCGAAAGGGAGCCACUGCGGCAAAAAGCGAUUCAAACUUGUUGGCCUAAGUGAGCCAAAAAUACACAACGUAAUUCCACCGAUGUUGUCCGACUGAAUAUACCCCAUUAUUUGCUUAAAAAUAAAUUCAAAAGUAUUACCACUUCCCUAGAAAUGGACUUCUUUAGAAAAAUGGGGGAAUUCAUGGGAGUGGCCAUUUGGCCCACAACGA